UCUCUUGCCAUUUUCGUUUCCCCCUAGAAAAAACAGAUGAAAAAACAGAUGGCGAAACUGAAAUCUCUAAGUCUAAUAUUCUUUUCCCAUCUCUUUCUGGUUUCCUCUUCCGCCGCCGUAUUCCCUGUCUUAGACGACCUACGUUUUGCCGGGUCGAGUUUUCCGUCGGUGCAAGCAAAGAAAUUGAUAAGGGAGUUGAAUUUGUUUCCUAAAGAGGAAGUUAACCUGGUCGAUCGAGGCCGAGUUUCGUUACCCCAGGAUUCGAAGCUGGUGGAAAAGCGGUUCAAGUUCCCCGGUUUGGAAGCCCUUGGUGGGGUUUCUGUUGACGAUUUGAGUCAUCAUGCUGGCUAUUACAAGCUUCCUAAUUCUUAUGAUGCCAGAAUGUUCUAUUUCUUCUUUGAAUCACGCAGUAACAAAGAGGACCCUGUUGUAAUCUGGUUGACUGGAGGUCCAGGUUGCAGUAGUGAACUGGCUUUAUUUUAUGAAAAUGGCCCUUUCUCCAUUUCUGAUAACAUGUCUCUUGUCUGGAAUGAGUUUGGUUGGGACAAGGUGUCAAACCUUCUAUAUGUAGACCAGCCUGUUGGUACUGGCUUUAGUUAUAGCUCUGACCGAAGGGACAUUCGUCAUAAUGAAGACGAAGUUAGCAAUGACCUUUAUGACUUUUUACAGGCAUUCUUUGCUGAACACCCUGAGUUUGCCAAGAAUGACUUUUAUAUAACUGGAGAAUCGUAUGCUGGGCACUACAUUCCAGCUUUUGCUGCCCGACUCCACCGAGGAAACAAAGCUAAAGAUGGAAUUCAUAUAAACCUGAAGGGAUUUGCUAUUGGAAAUGGCCUGACUGACCCUGCAAUCCAGUAUAAAGCUUACCCCGAUUAUGCUUUAGACAUGGGGUUAAUUAAGAAGACUGACUAUAGUUUAAUCAACAAGCUGGUUCCAGUUUGUGAAUUUGCAAUAAAGCUUUGUGGCACUGAUGGUACAGUCUCUUGCAUGGCUUCCUAUUUUGUCUGCAAUACCAUAUUCGCUAGCAUCAUAGCACGUGCUGGUGGUAUAAAUUACUAUGAUAUUAGAAAGAAAUGUGAGGGGAGUCUUUGCUAUGACUUCUCAAACAUGGAGACAUUUCUGAACAAGAAAUCUGUUAGGGAUGCUCUUGGUGUUGGGAAUAUAGAAUUCGUUUCCUGCAGCCCUACAGUGUAUCAGGCCAUGCUGGUUGACUGGAUGCGGAAUCUUGAAGUUGGCAUUCCUGCUCUCCUUGAGGACGGAAUCAAGCUUCUUGUCUAUGCUGGUGAAUAUGAUCUUAUCUGCAACUGGCUCGGCAAUUCAAGAUGGGUUCAUGCAAUGCAAUGGUCUGGUCGAAAAGAAUUUGUAGCAUCGCCAGAGGUUCCAUUUGUGGUUGAUGGCUCGGAAGCAGGAGUCUUGAAAACUCAUGAACCUCUUGGUUUUCUUAAGGUUCAUGAUGCUGGUCACAUGGUGCCUAUGGACCAGCCCAAGGCAGCCUUAGAAAUGCUGAAAAGAUGGACCAAGGGUUCACUAGCUGAAGGUGGUAAGGCAGAGAAACUGUUUGCUGAAAUGUGAUUUUUUUUUUUUCACUUUUCACUGCUUGCAAUCAGUGUUAGUUACCCGCUGCUCUUAGAGUGGGAACAACAAAACAAAGUAACUUUGAAUACCUGUAUAUAUAUGUAUGUGGAUGCCAUAGGAUCCUGGUUAUCUUGGUGUUUUGAAUAUAACCUACUAAAAAUAAUGAAGUGAUUUGAACUUUUUGUUGUUUA